UUUUGGCGGGAACGCGAGGAGUGAAGUUGUGUGAUUUGUUUUAUUUUGUCUAUUUAGUGUUUCUUCAGGUUUAAAUGUGUAAUAAUGGUGGUUUAUUAACUGUUUAAUAUCUGUGAAAGUGCACAAAUGUGGGAAAAUGAAACAAAGCUGCUGGACGUAACUUCUCAGGUUCCUCCAAAAAGUCCACUGAAAAAAUCUCAGUAAAUGACCACCAUUUUACUGCAAUUAUAUUUCAUUCCAUAUCAUUUCAUUUCAUUAAAUUUCAUCCCAGUUGAUUAAUGUCUCAAAUUAAUCAUCUUCAUUUCAUUUCACUCCAUAUUAUCAUUUUUCAUAAAAUUAAGAAUAUAAAGUAAAAUAAGACAUGACUUAAAGGUCUUAGUUACCAGGUCAUAAAAUCUCUUAAAAAAAAAUCAAAAGAUAGUGACUUUUUGGCGGGAACGCGAGGAGUGAAGUUGUGUGAUUUGUUUUAUUUUGUCUAUUUAGUGUUUCUUCAGGUUUAAAUGUGUAAUAAUGGUGGUUUAUUAACCGUUUAAUAUCUGUGAAAGUGCACAAAUGUGGGAAAAUGAAACAAAGCUGCUGGACGUAACUUCUCGGGUUCCUCCAAAAAGUCCACUGAAAAAAUCUCAGUAAAUGACCACCAUUUUACUGCGAUUAUAUUUCAUCCCAUAUCAUUUCAUAUCAUUAAAUUUCAUCCCAGUUGAUUAAUGUCUCAAAUUAAUCAUCUUCAUUUCAUUUCACUCCAUAUUAUCAUUUUUCAUAAAAUUAAGAAUUUAAAGUAAAAUAAGACAUGACUUAAAGGUCUUAGUUACCAGGUCAUAAAAUCUCUUAAAAAAAAAAUAAUCAAAAGAUAGUCAUCAAAUAAGUUAAUCAACAAUUAUGAUACCGAUAUACGUUGAAAAAGGAAUUGGUUAUUUGUGGAACUCGGAACAUUGGUAUAUUUUACGUACUCAGCAUCGAAUAUGCUCUGCUUUCGUUGGCUCAGUACCUUCAUUUCCAAGGCAAAAUGAUUUCUUGGGGCUUCCGAUUGCAUUAUCUUCUGAAGAAACAGCAUUAUUGGUUGAAAAGAGGAUAUGUGAACUUCAUGAAAUGCCAGCUGAAUUUUGUAAAUAUGAACCAACAGAAAAGGAUAAAGAAUUAAUGGAAGAAUUUUUAAAAAAAGUACUUGAACAACAAGCAUCAGCAUUAAAGAAACGCAAAAUAGAACAAUUAUCACAAAAGAUUGAUAUCAUUGUGGCUGGGAAAAAGAAAAACCUCAUAAAUAAAGGGAUGUCUGAUGCAAAUAUUGAUAAAGAUGCAAUGUUAGAAGAAGAAAUAAAAAGAAUACAAGAUUUAGAUCCAGACCACACUUUAGUACAACUUCCACAAGAAAUGUAUAGAAAUAUAGAAACCAGUCCAGUAGGUUUGGAUGUAUUAAGACCAAAUAUUUUGGAAGGAGAUGGUGCCGUUAAGUAUUCUAUAUUCAAAGACUUAUGGGAGAAAGGAUAUUAUGUUACCAGUGGAUCAAAAUUUGGAUGUGAUUAUCUUAUAUACCCAGACAUGUCGCGUUGACUAUAAAAGCGUUACAAAGAUGAUACAAAGGAGUUCGCUUGGAUAGCUAUUAGAAAAUCCCACCGCUGGCUGAACCCGUGCUCGCCCACCUGUCCUGGAGAAAUUGGAAAGCCUCCAGGCCACCAGCAAUCCUUCAAUCAUCAAUUGUCGUAAUAAUUAUUAAGUUAGUUUAAUUUGUAUUCCGGUGAGAGUUUAUAUUUCACCCGUGCCCUAGCGCGUAACAAUAAAAAAAUCAGGAUUAAACCGUGAAA